UUCCAGGCCCAUCAUUCAUCCAAAGCCCAGCAAGGGAGGGGGAACAUCCAAAAGGGAAAUUGAGAGGAUAGCGUUCUUUCUGCCCAAAACCAAAGAGAACCCCACUUUAUCCUUUCAAUUCCGACGUGUCGGAGCUCCAUUGAUCCAGCAGCCAUCCACGCAAUCUUUCUCUACUUCCCACAAUAUCUCACCCAAUACACAAAAAUCCUCCUCUGAAGAAGAAAGAAGAAAGAUAAUUACAUCAUUGUUGCUGUUACUCUGAAGUUGAACAAAAGAAUUCUCAGGAGAGACGAAAAUGGCGACCACCGCAUUUGCCACCACCACGUCGACGGUUGUGGGUUUGGGCAGCAGCUCCCUCUCAUCCUCCACUGCCCGGACCUCCAAGAGACUCUCCCUCUCCUCUGGGUUUCUGAGGUCGCCGGUUGCUGCCGGGAAUCCCCUGAGGCUGGAAGGUGCUAACGGUGGCAAGUUCAUGUGUAGCUUUCAGAGGGAUUGGCUGCGUAGGGAUCUGAACGUGAUUGGGUUCGGGCUGAUCGGAUGGCUUGCGCCGUCGAGCAUUCCGGCGAUCGACGGCAAGAGCUUGUCUGGGCUCUUCUUCGAGAGCAUCGGGACUGAGCUGGCCCACUUCCCCACUCCUCCUGCACUCACUUCUCAGUUCUGGUUGUGGUUGGUGACAUGGCACCUGGGGCUGUUCAUCUGCCUGACAUUUGGACAGAUUGGAUUCAAGGGAAGGACUGAGGAUUACUUCGAGAAGUGAAAUGGGCUGCUGGCUGCUGCUGCUGCUAUCAUUUUUACCCCAUCUGUAAUGUGACUGUAAUCCGUGUCUGUCUGCUCUGUUUUAUGUAUAUGUUAAUGUUAAUGAAUGGACAUUAUGAUAAAAUCUUCUGCUACUUCAACUUGUAGUCUUCGAUCUCCUCGAUGUAAUCGACCAGGCAAGCACUUUUGGUUAUGGAAUGAAUGCAUUUGUUGAUGAUUUAUGUUAUCAAGUAAAUGUAGAUCUAAUGU